AUGAAAAUAAAGUUCCCAGCGGGAGUUCUGACGGACCUUCAGGUUGGCAGGCUGUCAGUCAAUAACCCUUUUUUGUUGUAUUACAGAAUGAAGAAGCCCAGCUCAUAUAUCAGACAUCCACACUGGUUGUACGUACAGCUGCUGGUCGUCCUACUGGCAGGUCAGGCUUCCUGUAAUCACACAUCUGCUGCUCCUUCCCUUUUUUCUGCUACAACAAAUGCACCGACUUCAGCAGCAACAAUUACAAAGCAACAACACAACUACAGCUUGCAACGUCAACAACGUUACUUAAGCAACAACACAAACUACACUGCAACGUCAACUGCGUUACUAAGCAACCAACACACUACAGCUGCAACGUCACUGUUACUAAACAACAACACCAUACAGCUGCAAUCAACAACAGUGUUACUAAGCAACAACACAACUACAGCUGCAACAUCAACCUCGUUACUAACCAACAACACCACUACAGCUGCAACAACAGCAGUGGUUACUAGCAACAACACAACACGCUGCAACAUCAACAGCGUUGUGAUCAUACAGGUGCCCGGAAUUGGAGAAAAUUCCAUUUCAGUCAAACGAGUAGCUCGUGAGAUUCUUGCUGCUGUGCCACAAACCAGUGGGGUUACCAGUGACAACACAACUGGCUUAUUUCAAGGAAUUGAGGUGACCUGCGCCAUGGAGACCGCAAUAAGAAACACCAACUGUACUCUGAUGCUGAAGCUAAAGCAGAGCGUACCUCCAUGCUGUAUCCUCCGCACACUCUGUGCGGCCAGCAAAACAUCCUCUAACAUCACUGUGCUGGGGAAAAAAGCAGACAGGACGAGUGAGCUGCAAAAUGAGUGCAACAGCAAUCCACUGGAGGAAAACAGUUGCAUUUAUACUGGUCAAACUGGUGCAGCAUGUUGCAAAGUUAUUUUAGGCUUUGCCAACAAGGUUCCUAUAUGCCUUCUGGCGGAGGCUGUGAUGAAUGUGAUUCAGUUGGAGAAACAAAUCAGUUACAACGGACUGGUGACUCGAGCAGCAAUUUGUGGAAAUUACAGCGACAAUCCACUAAAUUCCCCACUAACAUAUGUUGAAGUCAACAUAAAGCCUGCUAACUUUUGUAUGACUAUGGAAGAGUCUGACAUCCUUAAUUGCCAAAAUGGACAAAAUGUGCUUGUGCUGCUGGAAGAGGAGUGUGUUCCACGGCCGUUUACCACACCCAGCCCAAAUGUGACAACUGCACAACCUAACACCACCACCUCGUCUGUAAAUGUAACAUCAUCCCCACUGAACACAACAACUAUAGCCCCGAAUGCCACCACCACUGCUCCUAAUGUCACAGCAACACUCAACACACAAUAUAGGCCCCGAAUGCCCACCACCACUGCUCCAUAAUUCCCUUUAAAUGCUCUUGAUUACGCUGAAGCCAAGCAAUGCAGCUUUCUUGAGAUGACCAGGGAUCUGUCCAAUCUGAACUUCCAGCAGGUGGAUCAGCGUUGGUGUCUCGCCAGCUGGAAGAAUCUUUUAUCAGGCCCGAACGUCAGCCUGGCACUUGGGAAAACCUCUGUCCACAUCGUCAGCAAUCUAGCUGGGUGCUUCUGCUGAGGACACUCUGCGGACUCCUCCAACAGGAUUAUAGGGAUGUUUGACACAGUGGCGUUAAAAGCUGGUCGGCUUGACGACCAGCCUGAGAGCCCUCUUGUCCCCCAGCUGUUGCUCGUGUCUGUGAAACCAGCAGAUGGCACCAACUUCCAGGAAACCUUUUUUUCAUCUCAACCCAAUAAUGUACAGGUCCGUGGGGAUCCCAGGCUCAGAAGGAGUGUGAGAGCAGACUCCUCCAUCCCACAGGGCUCCAUCAGGCUGCCCCCCUCUCUCACACAGGACCUAACCUCCGAGCAACAGCAGCUGGUCUCCAGAGUCCAGUUCAAUUUCUACCAGAAGAGCACAGUGUUCCAGGAUAAAUCUUUGGGAGAACGCAAACUUAAUAGUGGGAUCCUGGGAGCGAGUGUGGCCAACCUGUCAAUCACAGGACUGCAGGACGAUGUUGUAAUUCACCUGAGGAACACAGAGCCCGUUCCAGGUAACUUUGUGGCUAAAUGUGUUUUCUGGGACUUCACAUUCAAUGACGGAUCAGGUGGUUGGAAUUCAAAUGGCUGUUCUGUCCAAAACAGCACAGACAAUGAGACAAUCUGUGGCUGCAACCAUUUAACCAGCUUUGCUAUCCUGCUGGACCUCUCCAGAGAGCCUUUAACCAGUCGUCUCCAGGCCACCAUCCUUACCUUUAUCACGUAUAUUGGCUGUGGAAUCUCUGCCAUUUUCCUGUCUAUCACGCUCCUCACCUACUUGGCCUUUGGGAAGUUGCGUAAGGACAUUCCAUCCAAAAUCCUAAUCCAGCUGUGUAUGGCACUGCUGCUGCUGAACCUGGUCUUCCUGGUGGAUGCGUGGCUGGCGCUCUACCCGGACGCCGUGGGCCUCUGCAUCUCCACUGCCUGGUUCCUUCACUACUUCCUGCUUGUUACCUUCACCUGGAUGGGACUUGAGGCUGUCCACAUGUACCUGGCCCUUGUGAAAGUCUUCAAUAGCUACAUAUCACACUACAUGCUCAAGUUCUCUCUGGUCGGCUGGGGGGUCCCAAUGAUUGUGGUCAUUAUUGUCAUUGCGAUUGACAAGGAUAACUACGGCCUUGUCUCCUAUGGGAAGUUUUCUGAUGGCACCAGUGAUGGCUUCUGCUGGCUGAAAAAUGACAUCGCCUUCUAUGUGGCAGUGGUGGCCUAUUUCUGUGUCAUUUUUCUCUUCAACCUCGUCAUGUUUACUGUGGUGUUGGUGCAGCUGUGUCGGAUAAAGAGGCAGAACCCUCACAAUGCGAGUCACCGCACCACAAUGCAGGAUGCGCGCAGUGUGGCGGGGAUAACCAUCCUCCUGGGCCUCACUUGGGGCUUUGCCUUUUUUGCCUGGGGGCCUGUUAACCUGCCAUUCAUGUACCUUUUUGCCAUCUUUAACUCCUUGCAAGGUUUCUUUAUAUUUGUGUUCCACUGUGCGGUGAAGGAAAAUGUGAGGAAGCAGUGGAGGACCUACCUGUGCUGUGGCAGAAUGAGACUAGCAGAGAACUCAGAAUGGAGUCGCACUGCAACACAGAAGACUGUGAAAAGGCAAUCGGUGACCAGAGUAACAUCUCUUCAUUCCUCCAACUCCGCAAAUUCCAACAAUUCAUCCAGCUCCUCUGCUUUCCUCGCCAGCGACUCUUCAGAGCUUAAUGGCAUUGGUAGCCCAUUUGAAGACAGAACAAUCACAGCUGAUGAAGACCCCAGUAUGGAUGUGAUCCUCAACGAGCUCAACAGCCAGCACAGAAACCGAUGAGCGCCCUGAUCCAAGAAGGACAGAACAGACUGUUUAGUGGAUCUGACUUGUAUAUAAUGUACAUUAAUAGAGAAUAAUUUAUGCACUGGCCAUCUGCAUUUCACAUGUAUUAUAUGACUUGUAAUGGGGCAAUGGAAGGCCUAUAUUAUACAUGGCAUUUGAUUUUUACACACUAUGUUUAUACUUUUUUUAAUUGUACUUGCACAUGAACUUCAACAAUCUUUAUUCCUUUGUACAGACUGGUACCAGUCCAGUCCAACAUGUUAGAUUCAAUAUUGGGAAACUUCACAGUGUCUUUAAACUCCUGUAUGCUGCA